AGUAAGAUGACAUCAAGUGGGGUGAAUGAUGCGGGGUAGCUCAUGCCACUUUCGAACCUAGACCUUUGACAACCUUGAUGAGUUCAUGCUAUUCGCACAAGUUAGCACCACAGUCUCUUCGAGGGUAACACGGUCUACGGCCCGAUAGAAGUCCUAGAAAAGGAAGCGCAAAAGCCAUAGUCCCACUACCAAUCCACCUUAUACGAAGCAGGCAGCUCAGACAUCAACCAUAGAAUCUCUGAGUAGAUAGCCGGUGGUUCGAAAGCAUACCCCUAUUGCAGGAUGGAUUUCCAGCCCGAUAGGGGAGGGAAGAAGGAAAGCGCAAAAGCGACCAUGCGGCUUCCGAUUGCGGUAGCAGUUGAUACGCCCGCUGCCAGCGAACCAUCAAUCUCAAAUAUAGAUACAUCAUCCAACAACCCGUAUAAAGCAGCCCGCGAAGCUCUUGACCGAGAUGGCUUCGUUGUCCUAUCCGCCUCCCUCUUCCCCUCCUUCGACCUUGAAGCGCUCCGCGCCGCCGCUUCACACAUAACGAAAGAAGCACGAUCAGGAACAUGGCCAUACAUACGAACUCUACCCAAACAAUUUCCACCGUGGCCACAGGACCCAUCACACGGAAUAUGGGGCGUUCAGCAUCUGCUCCAUCCCUUGAAUACAGGCCACUUGGUAUUUGCGAAAUCGUACUUUGACAAAGAGCUGCUCAAGUACGUAGCAGAACUCAUUGGUUGUGACGAAGGGGACCUGACAAUGGAGUUAUACAACAUGCUAGUUCGACCAGAUGAAGAUUUCAGUCUACGAUGGCACAGGGACGACAUCACCGCCAGCGCAACACCAGAAGAAGAACUAGAGAGAUUGAACAAGCCAGCCUAUCACGCACAGUGGAACCUCGCACUCUACGACGACGCUUCCUUGGUUCUGAUCCCUGGAACUCACAAGCGCGCACGUACGGAUAGUGAGCGGAAUGCGGAUCCCUAUGAAGCGCAUCUACCGGGUCAAAUCACUGUAAAGUUGAAGGCCGGGGAGGUGGCGUUUUAUAAUAACAACAUCCUACACCGAGGUGUGUAUGAUAGUAAGAAGGAGCGGAUGACGCUGCACGGCAGUAUUGGAACGACGUUGGCGGGAGAGGAGAGAGCGAGGAACGUGCUGCAGCAUGGCGUGGGUGAGUGGGCAAAGGAGUGGGAUGUAGAUGGCUUUGAACCGGAGAUGGCAGAGCGGGCGAAGAGGAUGAGGGAGAGGCUUGUGGAGCUAGGGAAGACCAGUGGGGAUGUUGGGUUCUUUUCCAAGGAUGAGUGAGGCGUUGUAGCCUGCAAACCGCGUUUCCGCUGUAGUUGUCGUAGGAGAGUAAACUGUAUAGCCCGAGUUGUCUUUUAGCGAAGGGAUUUUCCGACGUAAGAGGGAGCUUGAGGUUGAGCGAAUCAUGCGCAGGAGCAACUGACAUAACAUCUUUAGAGACCCCUUCAAGUGAAAAUCUCGGUCCAUGAGUCAACGUAACGUGGAUGAGGAAAUGUUUAAGGAGAGCCUAUGCCCUUAGAACUAACUAUUGAGCUGUUACUAACUAUAAGGGCGUACUUUAAGAGCGGGUGUAUCUGUUCAGGUUCUAGAUAAUCACAAACAUCUCUGCACUCAAGUACUUUCACAGAACCAGCGAUAGCUCAACGAGGGCGUAGGCGCUUUGGAGAUCCGAAUGGAGAAUGGUUGUUAACGUCGAUACUACUGCUGGAGUUGUUAGCCUAUAAACGGCUGGGGGAAUGAGCAGGCACAUGUAGUUUUAGGGAGUA